AAUAAAAAGGUUUUAUCACUAUAUAAAUCCAAAAAUAGGCAGAAUUCACUGUCAAAUCGUAUUCAAUAUGGGUUUGAUAACAUUGGUUUUGUGUUUUAUCUUUGCCACUGGCCUUUGCGAUGAUGAAAUAAACAACAAAACUUUCCCGGAUGACUUUCUCUUCGGAACCGCUACUGCUUCUUAUCAAGUUGAAGGUGCAUGGAAUGAGGAUGGCAAAGGGGAGAAUAUCUGGGAUCAUCUCACACACACUCAACCUGAAUUAAUUGAAGGAAAGGCAAAUGGUGAUAUCGCAUGCGAUUCUUAUCACAAGUACAAGGAAGAUGUAGCGAUACUCAAGGAUUUGGGUGUUAAUCAUUAUCGAUUCUCAUUGUCCUGGGCAAGAAUUCUUCCUAAUGGUACUUCUGACAAGGUGAACCUAGCAGGAGUGAACUAUUACAAAAAUCUCAUUAAAGAACUGAAGAGUAAUAAUAUAGAACCUGUGGUGUCAAUAUUUCACUGGGAUCUGCCUCAAGUCUUCCAAGAACAAGGUGGAUGGCCUGAUGAUUUCAUUGUAGAAGCUUUUGCCGACUACGCAAAGGUCUGUUUUGAACUGUUCGGAGAUGACGUCAAAUAUUGGGUAACAUUUAACGAACCUAUAUCGAUCUGCUCUCUGGGUUAUGGAGAUGGUUACAUGGCACCAGUAAUAAAGGAAUCUGGUGUAUUGGACUACAAAUGCGCUCACAACGUGAUUCGAGCCCACGCUAGAGCAUAUCACAUUUAUGACGAUGAAUUUAGAUCCAAACAGAACGGAAAGGUCUCAGCCGCUUUUAAUACUAAUUGGCAUGAACCCGAAGAUGAUUCUGCUGAAAAUGAAGCUGCCGCUGAAACGAAACGUCAAUUCACUUUUGGUUGGUAUGUGAAUCCAAUAAUUCAUGGCGACUAUCCAGAAAUUAUGAAGACUCGCGUGGCAAACAGAAGUGCGGCUGAAGGUUUAAAUGAAUCUCGUCUUCCUGAGUUCACCGACGAGGAGAUCUCUUAUAUUCGCGGUACAUAUGACUACCUAGGCCUAAAUACGUAUUCCGCCUCCAUCAUAAGAGCAAUUCCAGAACCAACAAUCGGAACUCCAAACUACUACUUAGAUAUUGGAGUUCAGGAGUAUACACCAUCUGAUUGGCCGAGUUCUGCUUCUUCUUGGUUGAAGGUAACUCCCUGGGCAAUCAAAAAGCUGCUAAUUUGGCUGAAAGAAAAUUAUAAAGACCCCGAGAUUUUCAUUAUGGAAAAUGGUGUUUCUGAAGACGGUUCUUCUUUAGAAGAUGAAAUAAGGAUAAAUUACUACAGG